CCGCGGACGGGUGCAGCGCUAGGCGUCUGCUACUGCCCGCUACUGCCAUUCUGUCCCGCAGGCUGCGAUGCGCCACAAGCAGCAGAGCUGGAACCUCCUGCGCCUGUCUCUGCCUCCCGCCGGCCGCGCCUCUGAACCCCCCUCCGUCCAUGAGCGCCCGUCGCCGGAGGGCUCGCUAGGGCACACACAGCGCGUCCGCCAGCAUGGACCCGCGCGCGAGCAGCGGCAGCAGCAGUCGGCGCAACCGCGAGAGGAGCCAGACGACGGCCGACCGCAACCCGCAGCGGGACGACUUCGAGUACGCCACCUUCACCACCUCCAUCACCACCAGCAGCGGCACCACCACCAGCACCACCAGCACCACCAUCCGCGCCGUCACCCCCGAGCCCAGCCCGCCGCUGUACGCCAGCCCGCCGCAGUCGCCGCGCGCGCACCACCGCCCCGACCAGCCCGCACACCACCGCCCCGACCAGGCCGCGCCCGCGCGCGCCAACAGCGACACCCACGGCCACGGCGGCGCCCGCCCGCGCGAGAGCAGCAGCCGCCCGCGCACCCGCACCCUCGAGGAGCGCAGCACGCGCGACCGCUCGCCCGCCAGCCUGUUCCCGGGCCCGCGCCACCGCAUCCAGAGCCUGGAGGAGGGCCUCGUCAGCAGCAUCGGGCACCCCUCGACCAUCCCCGCGCCCGCACCGCCGCCCCGCGCCGCCGCCACCAGCAGCCGCCGCCCCGCCAAGCAGCAGCCGCCGCCGCCCGCCGCGCCGCAGCAUGCCGCCCCCGCCGCCCCCGCCGCCUGGGUGUCGCCCGUGCCCGCCGCCGACGUGCGCAAGCUGAAGAGCCUGAUGCGCACCACCUGCGGCAAGAUGCAGGGCCUGCUGGCCUUCCGCCGCGGCGAGGCCAAUGCCUGGGCCCUGUCCUACUGCUUCAUCAACGACGAGGCCGGCAGCCUGCUGUACGAGCCGCAGAAGGAGAACACGUACACCCGCACCCUGAUCCCCGACCUGCGCGGCUGCCACGUCAAGAGCGCCUACGACGGCGAGGCCUACACCGCCUACCUGCACGUCACCGUCCACAACUCCAAGCUCGAGGUCCACCUGCGCCCGCCCACCCAGGACGAGUUCGACUCGUGGUUUGCCGCCCUGCUGUGCUGGCAGCCCAUGCGCCCCAAGGGCAUCCAGAACCGCAUGGCCAAGCCGCAGACCCCGGUCGUCAUCGAGCGCCGUCUGGCCGACAGCCGCCGCCACUCCGAGGUCUCGCUGCUCAAGGAGGCCCCCAAGAAGGAGGCCCCCAUCAUCAAGGUCGGCAAGAUGAUCUACUGGGACACGAGUGUGACCUACAGCAACACAGGCACCCCCAAGUCCACCGCAGGCCGCCCGCAGGCCUACCGCGUCCAGAGCCACGGCUCGCGCCGCUGGCGCCGCGUCUCGUGCACCUUGCGUGAGAACGGCGAGCUCAAGCUGUAUUCCGACACCGACGUCACCCUCGUAUCCACCGUCCAGCUCUCGCAGCUGUCGCGCUGCGCCGUCCAGCGCCUCGAUCCCUCUGUUCUCGACAACGAAUUCUGCAUAGCCGUGUACCCCCAGUACACCGCUGCCUCUUCCUCGAUGCCACUGUUACGUCCCGUCUUCCUGUCGCUCGAGUCGCGUGUUUUGUAUGAGGUCUGGAUAGUACUUCUGCGUGCAUUCACCGUCCCCCAGCUCUACGGCCCCAAGUCAGAUACCCUGCCCGAGGAGGGCCCACUCUCACCGUCAUUCGAAACCCAAGACAUGUUCCGCAUGGAAAAGUCCCUCUUUGUAAAAGUCAUCGAGGCACGAUUAGUGCCGCCUGUUAGUCCAAAAGUUGUUGCUGGUGCUGGGGAGGGUCCGACACCAAUACGGCCGACCUCGUCGGCCACGACCAAUCCCGGAGGCUAUCUCAUUGAAGUGUUAUUAGACGGCGAGGCCCGCGCCCGCACAACGGUCAAGAACGAAGGCAACACGCCGUUCUGGAGAGAAGAAUUCGAGUUCCUUGAUCUACCGGCCCUGCACACGGCCUCACUAUUACUAAAGAAACGACCCCCAAGCUAUGUCCGAAAUGAGAAGAACAUGUUCGAUAACUCGGCCGUCAGCGACAAUCCGUAUGCUUCGGAAGGCGGCUAUGCUGGCAUCUCGUUCGAUCAGACAUUGGGCAAGACAGACAUCUAUCUUGACGAUCUGGGGCCGAAUCAGGAACUGGAGAAGUGGUGGCCGCUGGUGAAUAUGUAUGGCAACAGCGUGGGCGAAGUACUUGUGCGUGUCAGCAGCGAGGAGUGUGCUAUCUUGAUGGCUCGCGAUUACUAUCCGUUGUCAGAGUUACUGCAUCGCUUCUCGAACAGUCUGACGCUACAAAUUGCCCACAUGGUGCCAAAUGAGCUCAAAAAACUGUCCGAGUAUCUGUUGAACAUCUUCCAAGUAUCUGGAGCGGCCUCAGACUGGCUGUGCGCACUCGUUGAAGAGGAGAUUGACGGGACGUUAAAGGAUUCGCCCGCAAGCCGGCUUCGGUUCAGCAAGAGACUGGGAUCAAGUGACUCGAACGAAUCGGCUCUGGGUGGCACUUUCGGCUCUGCAAGCGAUCGGGAGGUCUUUGUCCGAGACAUGGGCGUCAACGCCAAGCUCGAGGCUAAUCUACUGUUCCGUGGCAAUACGCUCCUCACCAAAUCAUUGGAUCUGCACAUGAAGAGGCUGGGCAAGGAGUACCUGGAGGAGACGCUGUGCGAGAAGCUGCGCGAGAUCAAUGAGAAGGAUCCGGAUUGCGAAGUCGACCCCAAUCGAGUCUCUUCUCAGCACGAGCUGGACCGCAACUGGAGGCGUUUGAUCAACUGUACCGAGGAAGUCUGGCGGGCGAUCUACAAUUCCGUGCAAAGAUGUCCGCAAGAGCUGAGGGUGAUUUUCCGGCACAUCAAAGCCUGUGCCGAGGACCGCUAUGGCGAUUAUCUGCGUACAGUCAAGUACAGCAGUGUAUCUGGCUUUCUGUUCUUACGGUUCUUCGUUCCGGCUGUGCUGAACCCCAAGCUGUUCGGCUUGCUGAAGGAUCACCCCAAGGCGAAGGCGCGAAGAACUUUCACACUGAUCGCAAAGUCAUUGCAGGGCUUGGCGAACAUGUCCUCCUUUGGCACGAAAGAAGCUUGGAUGGAGCCCAUGAACGCAUUCUUGACAUCGCAUCGAACGGAGUUCAAGAAGUACCUGGACGACAUUUGCUCGAUAUCGACCGCUAACUCGCCAGCGCCGCCAAUCCCACCAUCCUACAGCACACCCAUUGCCAUCCUGCAUCGUCUGCCCCCUACGUUCAAGGAGGGAUUUCCGUCGCUGCCGUACUUGAUCGAUCACUCCCGCAAUUUUGCAAUGCUCAUCAAUCUGUGGCUCGAAAACACCACCAAGACGGCACACGAGAUCCAAGCGAGCGACGGCGAUCUUCUGCGGUUCCACAAUAUCUGCGUGUCACUUAGCGAACGCACAAAAGACUGUUUGAAUCGUGCCGAGCCCGCCGAGCGUCCUUCGUCCUCGUUGAGCGUCAAAUGGGAGGAACUGAUCGAACAGCUGCAGGGUGCCAGCCUAGAUACAAACCGGGGAGCAAUGACUCGAAGUCGAAAUGCGAUCAAGGAGGAAGAGAUGGAAGAUAUACCGAUGUCGCCGGGCAACGGCGCUGGCUAUGCUGAGGAUUACUCGUCCUCCUCAGCUGCCACCACUCCAAUCACCAUGAAGCCAGCGCCAAAGUCACGGCACCAUCAGAACUCGAGCAUCUCAGCAUCGCACGCUUCUCAAAGUUCGCUCAGGAGCAACACCUCUCAGCAGAUCUCGUACAUUAAUCCCUUCGCCAGCCGCGGCGGCUAUGCUCCGUCGACACACGAGUCGAUGACUACUUCACAGUCGGCAUCCGCCUCCGCGAGUGCAUCAGCAUCUGCCGGAGAGGAAACCCCACCUGGCUCCAGCGACGGUCUGCAUAUGGCACCCGCACCCUCAUACCCCCAGACACAUACCACACCCUCUGGCUCAACAGGCUCGUUCCACCGCAGCAACCCCGUCGCGCCCAUAAACACCUCCCGCCCCGAGCUCAUGUCCCCCGAUUCCAACUCCCGCACAGUGCGGCCCGAACCUGACAGCCGCAGCAUCCACGCCAGCGAAAACGGCUCCAUGCAUGAAGAAGAAUACACCACGGCGCUCCCCGCCUUCUCCUCGCAACCCCCCCGCGAAGCCAAAGAAAAAGAGCGCAAAGAGCGCGGCCUGCGCGGCGUGCUCCCCUUCCAGCGCAAAAAGAAAGACAAGGACCGCGACAAGGACAAAGAAAAAGAUCCCAAGGACCGCGACAAGCCAGGCCGCAGCAAAGACAAAGACAAGGAGAAAGAUAAAGACAGGGACAAGGAAAAGGGCAUCCUCGAUCUCGUCGACCGCGAGCGCCGCGGCGACUACUCGAUGGCGAGCAUGCGCGGGCGCCCCGAGAAAGACAAGCGCCGCGAUGAACGAGACGAGGAGUUCUGA